UAAAGGAAUAUUAUAGCAUGGCAGGUCAAUAACUAGGCCGAUAACAAGCUUGAUUACAAAAAGUGUGAACUCUAAUAGGGAUUAACAUUCCAGUCAUUCAAUUAUACAAUUGCAAAGUGAACUUGAAAUUUGUUAAUGGUGAGGCUCCCAAGGGGUAGUCCUGGAAAAUGAUAUCAAGAUCUUUGACUGUUUGGUGCAGCCAUAGAGACACUAACUGGGCUAAGGAAGAUGCAAUACUUGAUGCAAUGCAAGAUGUGGUCGAGGAGAUUGAUAUAGAGGCAAUACAGAUAGCAAACAGGAACGUUGUAAUUACACUCGCAAAUAGACCUGCAAAGAUUGCCGCUAUCACCAUGGGACUCAACAUGAACAACAAGUUUAUCGCAUUGAGAGAUAUUGAAAAAAGCACAGUUAACAUCACAUUAAGAGAUAUACCUAUAGAAGUACCAAAUACUGCAAUACAUGCGUACAUAUCAGGAUUUGCAGAUAAUGUCGAGGACAUACAACAUGGGUACAUAACCAGACAUGAUGGGACGAAAUCAACAAUCAAAUCUGGGAUACGUUAUAUAAGCGUCAGCAAGAUAGUGCGACCUAUACCAAACAAUCCUGUGAUCGUAGGAUUUCCUGGUCGUUGUACAUAUAGAGGCCAACCAUGUAGCUUCUGUGAAAGCACUGAUCAUCCUUGGUACAGGUGUAGCGAAAGACCACCCAAACAAAUCAGAAAGUGCUUUAUCUGUCAAUCCGAAAAUCAUAUAUCACGUGAUUGCACUGUGACGCAAUCAGAAAGAUUGGAAAGAGAAACAAAUAAAGAGUCUCCUGAUCACAUAAGAUUUGAUGAAGUGAGCAUCAUCCAGGAAAAUAACAACGCAACUGAGAACCAACCUACAGAAACACUCACAGCAGAAUCAGAUAGCGUACAGCCUACGAUGGCUGUCGUUGGUGCAUCACUAGCAAAAGCAAUGGUUUUCAAAGAAAAGGUAGAGAAACGGGCUGUUAGUGGGACAAAAAUCGAUGGAGUUAAGGACAUUCUAAAAGAUGAUCCAAUCACCAGUGACAACAUUGUUAUACAGAUAGGGACAAACGACAUAGUAUAUAGCUAUGAGACACCUGAGACUUCGGUGAGAAGAUAUGAUACCUUAGUGAAAGACAUAAAGGAUGAAAACCCAAACAGCAAAAUUUUUGUGUGCAGCUUACCACCAGUCCAUCCAUACAAGAAUGAUAACAUGAACAGAAGUAUCUCGAAAAUGAACAUGCUAUUAUCAAAGAUGUGUAAUCAACAUGAUGAUGUCUACUAUGUGGAUCACACACCUGUACUACUCUGUCACAAUGGUAAAACAACACAUAGGGACUAUAAUUCAAGUGAUCCAAAAGGUGUUCACUUAUCAGCAGCUGGCUAUACUAAGCUGGUGAAAAACAUAACAUCAGACGUGAAGAAAAUAAAUGGAGAACUAACUUUUAAAACACCAGUAAACAAACGAAAGGAGAGAGCAACUAGCUCUACACCAAGUUCCUCAGAAAAACAGCCAAAAACUGGGAAGUACUCUUAAUGGAUUUUACAUGCAUGUGCUAUAUAUUAGUACAUAACAAAUGUGUGACAUUGUAGAAAAAUCAAAAAUUGAAAAUUUGCUCAGAAUUAGUCUUUUUUCAUAAAUGAUUGGAAGUAUUUUAAUAUAUGGAAACAUGCCAGAAAAUGCAUGUAGCAAUACCCAUAUGAAAUAGCAUGCAUAAUAUGUAUAUAAGAAUUGUAUAUGGGAUGAUGUAUAAGUUAGUGUAUAAUAGUUAUAUAAGAGAUACUGAAAUCAAUGAUAAGGUAAACAUAAACAUGCAAAAUGUAUAUAUGUUUGUAUGUAUAUGUAGGGAUGUGUGUUCUUAUAUGUAUGUAUGUAUAUAGGCAU